AAGCACCACAAGACAUUUCUCCGUGCGCGCACCCUUUAUCCGCCAGCCUAUCCUGGCCUAUCCCCCUCCCCUAUUUUCUGACUGGACCCACAGCUGCUCAACCCGCCGACGCGUCGCUCCACUUGCACAACCACCCACACACCCACCCGCCUCCACCACGCAGCCGCCUCAACGACACAGCUGGCGGAGAAUUUCCGUCUGGGUACAGGAAGAUGGUGGGAGCGACGGGAGCUGCGUUGUCUUCCCCUGGAUAGAUCGAGAAAACACCUAAAAACUCGUUUUUAAUAGCCCAUAGCUUACCCGGACUUAAAUCGAGAGAUAGUUUGGGCUACGGUCAGCGAACAUUCAGAACGGAAGAGGACACGGACCCGAUCAGACCGAAAGUCGACUCUUUCGAGCUCAAUGUUUCUUCUGGGCACAUGCAUGCUGAAAGCUAAAACUGAACCUAUCCAGACUUGAGGAAUUUGUGGAACCGAUAAGACAUCAGCGCCGUUCGCGAACUCUGUAGUUUUCGUUAGUAAUCGAAUAAAGACCAAGGUCAAUUUUAGGGCUAUCGUUUUUUUCUCAUUUAAAUUCGGUACGGGAAAGCAAAUUCACAAUCCCUCCCUACACUCCAUAGCUACACUCUACAAGUUUAACGUGCUGCCUACCGCUGUAGACUGUGACGAAGGAACUACGACCUGAGAAAAGUUUCCAAGCUUUUAAUACUAAAGAGAACUCGGCAAUCGCGUUCCUGGAGACGUUUUGCUUCUAUUUUGAAUCUCUGUUUUUGUUUUUAAAAGCCUGCCAUGUCCGUAUAUUAAUAAUAACAAUAUCCGGUUUUUGACAACUUGACGGUUUGUAUUUCAGUAGCUUACAUCGGCAUAUUUUAUGACGAUUUGGGUAGGCCAUUCAUUUAAGUGUGUUUUGCAUUUUCAGAUUUUUUAAAAAGUCUGUCAACCUUACGAAAAGGAGAAGGCCUACUCAUCUCAGCUGUCAUAUUUGGAGCAUUUAUUUUGUCGAUUUUCACCAACGUCUUCAUAUUACAAGCCCCUGUCCUUUUGGAAGUAGGGGUAUUACCGGUGUAGAGAUCCGGAGAAAGAGGUCAGGAAAGGACGGGGCUGGAGCUUGGGAAUAGGCCCGUCUGUUGGAGAACUACAGACUGGGGAGGGGGCCGCUAGACCGCUCAACGGACGUUCCCUGUGGCUGCUGAUUUUGGGUGGUCGCGAUCCAACCUAUCGACCCACCCACCUAUCCGACCCAACAGCCAUAACUCUUAAACUUAGUCACAUAACAAGAAAAGUAUUCGCACGCACCAGAGGUUUUGAGAUGGGAAGACAGAGAAAGUAAGAUUGGCAGUAAGAGUUUGAGCUAUGAAUGUUUUUCUUUUCAACGGAUAAAAACGGAAAGAGAACAACACGUUUUCCAUGGAAAAGGAACUUUAAAUCUAAAGGGAUGUGUUUUGGUGCGCGUGCUACGAAAAGAUAAGGAACCGACGCUGUCAUUUUGUUGCAAUUGUAUAGCCAUUUGUAUCUAGUUACUACAAUUAAUCUCACAACAGCCGAAUGUGGAUUGUCUGCAGUUGUUAAAAACGAGAUAGGCCUGCACCCAAGCUAUGGGAAGUCUCGGACUUGGAAACGUUUAGAUACUUUUCUCAUUGUGUUUUAUGUGAGAACACGCUAUAGCACAAAUACAAUGGGGACUUUAAUUUGAUCAUUAGUGAAGAAGACAUGACAGGACUUUUACGGAGCGAGGCUCAGUAAGAGCCAAGCUCGAGCUGUCACUGGUGGCUGUCAAAACACAGCGUGGUCUGGAAUGAAAAAGUGACUUCAGAUAUCUGAACACUUGACUCACGAGAUAAGGAUUUUGAUGUGAUUAGAAAAACGUCAUAUAGAGGAAUGAAGUUAAAAGAAGGAAGACGAGCCGAGGACUUUUAAUUAUUUCAACUGACAGAUGAGGAGAUUAAGCAGAACAGCACACGAGCACGAGCUGAACGGCUCUAGGGCUCAAGUCAACUGACGAAUUAAUUAACGGAACGUGAGUUUGCUAAUGACGCAAUAUCGACUUCGGGAUAAUGAACUUGCCUACUAGUCAAGAGCCUGGAACGAUGUUUUUAUAUGAGUGAUUACUUGGCUACCUUCAUGCGCAGUAGAAAGACGUAUUUUCUAUGCGCUCCAUUUCAAGUCGUGAUUACAACCAUUAAAUGUCUUGCCUCCUGCUACCUCCCCCCCGCGCUCGGUUCCAGAUGUUGUACUUAGUUAGCCUUCCUGACUGCCCUCAUAUCGCCCGCCAUCAUUGACCAGAUAUUAGUAUUUUCCCCAUCACGUCACUAGAUAUCGUCAUGGCCUCGCAACCACAACAUCCGCAGCGCACUACGGAGGUGAGCUGUGUCCCAAGCGGCGCAUUGACUGUGCGGAUUACCGACAGCGAGGCGCACGCAAAGCAGGCGCCCUCACCACAGCAUCAACAGUAUCACGACUCUACCCCAAACACGACCAAGGACUGCAAUGCUGGAGGAGCACGAGGUAGUGGAGGAGGUGGCAGUACCACUAAAGUGGACCCCCUCAAGCCCUGUGCCAAAUACAGCAUAUCAUCUAGCUGUAGCUCUGGUGAAUCGGGGGUCAGGAGGACUGUUCUGACCAAGUCCCACAGCCAGCGGAGGGCUCUUCCGCAGCUGUUUGAGAGGUCUGCGGCCCAAUGCUGGGAUCCCAAGUUCGACUCUCCGAUCCUCGAAGAGGCCUGCCGCGAGAGGUGUUUCCCCCAGACGCAGCGGCGCUUCCGCUACGUUCUGUCGUACCUGGCGUGCGCAGCGCUUCUGUGGGAGGUAUACUUCGCUGUCAACUACGACCGCUGUGACCCGGCGACCUUCCUUGCCCCCACUGCUUCCUUCCUCCUCUUCCUCCUCCUCCUGUUCCUUUUCACCCUGACGACGGCGUACGCCCACCUGUACAACCAGGCCUCGCUGCUCCUCAUCGUGGCGACGUUCACCAUCACCCUGGCUCCUCAGAUCCAGACGGGAGGUUUCGCCGACCUGGAGAGACCCAGAGAGGGCAACUUGUCCUCCCGUCGCAUCCGAGACGGCGUGGACCCCACUCUGGCUUCAUGCAUCUCGCCAGUGGGCACCUUCUCCCUGUGUAUGGAGGUACUGUUGCUGCUCUACAGUGUUCUCCAUGUGAGACUGUAUGCUUCCGUCCUACUGGGGCUCCUGUACUCGGUCCUGUUCGAAGCCUUAGGGUGGCUGCCACUGAUUCAGGGGCGGGACGGCGGCGGGAGUGAUUACGGGGCGAGUGGGGGUGCAGGGGGGUCCCUAGCUUACCCCGGUAGUCCCGGUUCUACAAACCCGGAGUGGGACACCCUCCACUGGUUGGGCCCGGCCAAAGCCCUGCUACACCUGUGUGCCCACGCCAUCGGCAUCCACCUCUUCAUUAUGUCAGAGGUUCGAUCCCGCUCCACCUUCCUUAAAGUCGGACAGGCCAUCAUGCACGGCAAGGACCUGGAGGUGGAGAAAGCGUUGAAGGAGCGGAUGAUCCAUUCAGUCAUGCCGAGGAGAGUCGCGGACGAACUCAUGAAGCAGGGUGACGAGGAGAUGGAGGGGAACGCCGGGAAGAGAUACUCAGCAGGUGCUUGCUCGGCGUCAGCCGUGUCCACGGGCGGAGGCCCAGGUGGGGGUUCGUCGAUCGCGGCUAGCCCUAAGACACACCUCCAUCAUCAUCGGAAGAGGAAGAAGACUUCGAUUCCCAGAGGCCAGAUCAUCUUCAGGCCUUUCAACAUGACACGAAUGGAGCCCGUCUCUAUCCUCUUCGCGGACAUUGUCGGCUUCACCAAAAUGUCCGCCAACAAGUCUGCCCAUGCCUUGGUGGGGCUCCUCAAUGACCUCUUCGGACGUUUCGACCGGCUGUGCGAGCUGACGCGCUGCGAGAAGAUCAGUACGCUGGGCGACUGCUAUUACUGUGUAGCGGGCUGUCCUGAGCCACGGCCGGACCACGCCUACUGCUGUGUGGAGAUGGGACUAGGUAUGAUCGUGGCCAUCGAGCAGUUCUGCCAGGAGACGCGUGAGACCGUGGACAUGAGGGUGGGGGUCCACACGGGCACGGUCCUCUGUGGCAUCCUGGGAAUCGAGCGGUUCAAGUUUGACGUGUGGUCCAACGACGUCAACCUGGCCAACCUCAUGGAGCAGCUGGGCGUGGCCGGGAAGGUCCACCUAUCGGAGCACACCGCCGGAUUCCUGGAUGAGCGGUAUGAGCGGGAGGACGGCCGUGUGUCGGAGCGGGCCACGCAGGGCCUCAUGGAGAAGCUGAAGGGGAUGAAGACCUACCUGAUCUCUGGGAGGAAGUUGGAGCAUGCUCAGUGUGGCUGCUCCCAGGACUUCCUGACCCCCUGCCCUCGCCCCCACACCCCUGACCUUAUCCCUGGGGGCGCCGCCGGUCCUUGUGUGACCUGGAGUGUGAUUGGAGAUCAAAAUGAGGAGGGGGCGGGACUCAAUGGAUGCCAGGAUGAACACAAAUCAAAUAUUGCGAAGUUUGCACCAGGUCGUAGCCCAAGGGCUUUGAAUGGAAUCCUCAGCCCUCCCCUGGAGGACCCCGUGAGGGCCAGCCAGAGCUCCCUGUGCGACAUGCUCCAGGAGAAAGAGAAGAACACCGGUGCGGGCACAGGGACGGGUACAAGCCUGGGUGUGGGGGGUCCGGGAGGGUCGGGGCCAGGGGGUAUGGACCACUCGGCCCUCAUCCCUAUACGCUCCAAGAACUUCAGGGAGAAGAGUGACGUCCAUUUUGUGGAUGUCAUCAAGGAGGACAGUCUGAUGAAAGACUACUUCUUCAAACCGCCCAUCAACAAGCUGAGCCUCAACUUCCUGGAGCGACCUCUGGAGACAGCCUACCGCAUCAGUUACCAGGAGGAGGUGGAGACCCAGGCCCCGGUUCAGACCUUCGCCAGCCCCACCUUCAGCUCCUUCCUGGACGUCCUCCUCUCCUGCUCCGUCUUUCUCGCCCUCACCCUGGCCUGCUUCCUGGUUACCCUGGGCGUCAUGGAGACCCUACCGGCGACCGCCCUGGGAUUGGCCGCGGUGGCUGGCCUGUUGGAGCUGGUCUCCCUGGUGCUGUCCAUACGGAUGGCGUUCUACCUGGACAACGUGAUGAGCUGCACCCGGACUCUGCUGAGGGUGGCGUCUGGGUGGCUCUCGCGCCACGUGAUCGGUGCGGUGCUGGUGUCACUUCCCGCUGUGUCUGUGUUCUCGCACCUGGCCUGCAGCCUCCACCCACCCAUACAGGUAACCAUGUUUCUGUGCUGUGCAGUGACGAUAGCCAUCAUUCAGUACUGCAACUUCUGCCAGCUGAGUUUCUGGAUGCGUUCGGCGCUGGCCACUGCUGCCGGCGUAGCUCUGCUAGUGCUGCUCUAUAGCCCCCUCAACAGGACAAGCUCCAGUAAUGACAGCUCUCUGGGGAUGGGUAACCUCACCAACCUCACCAGUGUUGCGCGGUCCACUCAGAGAGAAUCAGGUCCAGACUCUAUCCCGACGGUCCCAGUUACACUGCUGAAUCUGCUGGUCCCAGAAGCGGUCCUCGCCUACUUCCUCCUCCUCCUGCUGGUGUGGGUCCUGAACCGUGAGUUUGAGGUCAGCUACCGCCUCCAUUACCACGGCAACGUGGAGGCCGACAAGCACCGCGACAACAUCCAGACCAUGCGGGACCAGGCUGACUGGUUGCUAGGCAACAUCAUCCCCUUCCAUGUCUCUGAGCAACUGAAGGUGACGCAGAGUUAUUCCAAAAACCACGACAACGCCGGAGUCAUCUUCGCCAGCAUCGUCAACUUUUCCGAAUUCUACGAGGAAAGCUACGAAGGCGGGAAGGAGUGCUACAGAGUGCUGAAUGAACUCAUCGGCGACUUUGACGAGUUGCUACGGAAGCCGGACUUCGCCAACGUGGAGAAGAUCAAGACGAUUGGCGCCACGUACAUGGCGGCGUCUGGGCUGAAUGCGCAGCAGUGCGUCGACGACUCUCACCCCCACUCCAACCACCUGAGGGCGCUGUUUGACUUCGCCCUGGAGAUGAUGGGCGUCUUGGACGACUUCAACAAGAACAUGUUGGGCUUCGGGUUCAAACUCCGCAUCGGGUUCAACCACGGCCCCCUCACGGCGGGGGUGAUUGGCACGACCAAAUUGCUCUACGACAUCUGGGGAGACACUGUGAACAUCGCCAGUCGCAUGGACUCCACCGGGGUCGAGUGUCGGGUUCAGGUGAGCGAGGAGAGCCACACCGCGUUGAGCGGAUUGGGUUUAGAGUUUGACUACCGUGGUACCGUCAACGUAAAGGGCAAAGGUGAAAUGAGGACCUUCCUUUAUCCCAGGAGCGCUGAUAGCGGAGGGCAGCUAUUGACUGAGCCAGGGCUCAGAUCACAGCUGGCUUUUGGACCCAAGGGGCCCGGAGACGUCCCGAUAAAGACGGGGCCAAAUGCAGGCACCGACGUUCCAGCUCUCUGUCCCUCGUCUUCCUCUCGUAGUCCUCCCCCCAUAUCCUCCACGCACACCCCCGAACACUCCUCCCUUGGACCCCUGGGAGCUCCCGGACUAGGGCAUGAGCCAGGCGUGGCCAAUCCUAGCGGGCCGAGAGGCGGGUGGGUAACACCCACUGGAUCCCCCCACACUUGGGCUGGACUCCUCCCUCACCCCCUCACCCUGGACGUUGACCCAGAACUUGUGCCCUGUAGUCUGGCACGGCCUGAGGAGGAAGAGGAAGAUGAGGAGGAGGAAGAGGGGGCUAAUGAGCUGACAAAGCUCAACAAGGAGGAUUUCACCUCCCGCCUUUGAUCCAUCAAGUGCUGAUUUAGGAUCAGGUCCCCCCCUUUGCCCGUAUGACAUUAUGAUUUUUAAAACUGAUCCUGAAUCGGCACCCCUACUCUGAUAGUCUAUGUUGGUGAGGCCCAUCAGCGGCCUCUUGAGCUGAGUUGCUAAAGAUGCAGUUUCGUUAGGAUGGUGGACAGGGUGUUUUCCCCCUAACCUGUAGAUCGACUUUCUGAACCCAGACGUGUGAGUUCUCCCGCUGAAAUGUUUCCCCUGUCAGAAACAGUCAUACCAUGAGGGCUCAUCACUUUUCUAUGUUUGUUUUUUUGCUUU